AUGCAUUGGAUCCUUUCGUAAGACAAAACUUAGUGGUAAACGACUGUACCGAGCUGUACUGACUACUACGGAAGAUGGGAUUCAUCAUUUUCACCAUUGCUGUCCUAUUGACAUUUGCCUUACCCAGCUCUGAAUAUGAAUGUGACAAGUCCGCCACGCUGUGUGAGACCACGCUGGUGAUCCAACAUAGGCUAACCAUGAUGCACCCUACCGCACAACAAGUCUUUCCAGCCAAUGGUAAACUCUACAAAUAUGACGACCUGACACAAACUACAGAAAUACCAGUGGAUGAAGUAAUGACUACCGAUGGUUGGGAGGAUAACAGACUGGUUGUUGUAGCAAACGAAAGUCUUCCAGGCCCUCCAAUUAUAGUGUAUGAGGGACAAAGACUUAAAGUUCACGUCAUCAACAAAAUGACUUCAGAUACUGUGACUAUACACUGGCACGGUAUUCCUCAAAGACGAAGCCCUUGGAUGGACGGUGUUCCUUUUGUGACACAAUGCCCAAUCUUGUCUGGACAGACGUUCACAUAUGACUUCAUUGCUGAACCUAAAGGAACGUAUUGGUACCAUUCCCAUGUCGGUGAUCAGCGAGCGAAAGGGAUGAAUGGUGCAUUCAUCAUUAGAGAGAGGACAUCAGUUAUCAGGGAACAGAUUAUGACGGUACAAGACUGGAACCAUAACUGGGGAGCCGAUAUGGAUCACCAAAAAUUGCUGCUUGGAACUUUUGUGAAUCGUGUACCAGAACCACUGAGGCAAUCUGUAGACGGGGGUCUUUUUGACCCAUUCUAUGUAACUUCAGUUCUAAUCAAUGGUAGAAGCCGUUAUUACAACAAGUCCGGUCAACAUAAUGGUGCUCCUUUGUCAGUUUUCCAUGUGGAAAAAGGAAUGGACUACAGGUUUAGGGUUAUCCACGUCGGAGCUCUAUAUCCCAUUAGAAUAUCAAUUGACAAUCAUGCUAUUACUCUUGUCGCUUCAGACGGAUACGAUUUCCAACCAGUAGAGGUAGAAUCUUUCAUCAUCAACCCAGGUGAAAGAUACGAUUUCAUCAUCAAUGCCAAUCAAGUCAUUGGAAACUACUGGAUAAGAGCUGAAACCCUAGAAGUUAAUGCACAUAAAUCUGAGGCCGUUCUCCGCUAUAAUGGUGCAGAUGUGUCCCAAUACCCUUUAACGACUAGGAAAAUAUGCACUCCUGCUGAGAGAUGUUUAGUUGUCAACUGUCCUUUUACAACCUUCCCUGCUGACUAUUACACCGACUGUUUACGGUUUGAUCAUCUUCGGUCCUCUGUGAACAACGACCCUGCGCCCGAACCGACAUCUCUGGACACAUUCAAAGAACACUAUUUGAACUUUGCUCUUCCUGAUGAAGUUGCGUCAGUAAACGGAAGAGAGUUUAUGAAUCCCACAGUGUCUGCACUUACACAGCCAUUAGAGAUUACGUCCACAUGCGACAACGUAGACUGCGGUGAGGAAAAAACAUGCAAAUGUACAUAUUCACUUCCCACUACCCAUAACGAUGUAGUGCAACUUGUACUGAUGAAUAUGGGGGUAGGGACAGGUGACGCCCAUCCAGUUCACCUCCAUGGUUAUUCAUUUUACGUGCUGAAAAUGGGAUAUGCUACUUAUAAUAUGACUACCUCAAAGUUCAUAUCCCAAAACAAUGACAUCGAUUGUCGCGGAAGUGGGGACAUGACAACAAGUUUAUGUAACGACGCUUCAUGGAGAAAUUCUAGUUGGCUUGGAAAUAACGUCCCUGGACUGAAUCUUAUCAAUCCUCCGCGGAAGGAUACUCUGAUUAUACCUAGUGGUGGCUACGCUGUUAUCAGGAUCAAGGCUGAUAACCCAGGUGUAUGGCUAUUUCAUUGUCACAUCCAAGUGCACGGAAUCUUCGGAAUGAGAAUGGUCCUCAAUAGCUCAUACAACAUGCAUCCAGCACCUCCAAAAUCAUUUCCUGUGUGCCGUGACUAUCCUUCUUCCUUUCGUGAAGACUAUGUUGACCAGCAUCAGAGUGGUGACCAGGAUCAGAGUACCCCCAGUGUCAACAAAGUGAAACAAAUCGGCCCUGAUGAAAGUGGUUAUGGAAUGAAGACUUUCUGGAUAAUGUUCACAUUGAUGGGUAUUAUCAUCCUACUUUUGAUUGCCUAUAUUCUGCACGUACGGAAGCAAGCCCAGCAUUUCAAGAAGAAGUUGGAAUCAUCUUCAGAACCAACAAAAAGCGGGAAGGAAAAUCCGGUCUUUUCAAAAAUUUGACAUUCUUUGUAAUUACUUUCAUGGGUAAACCCUUUCAAAUAAUGAAGUUGGUACACACAAUCUUGGUUAAUAUAUAGAAGGCACAAGUUUACAAUGCAGUAUUUAUUGCUGCCUCACUGUGACCGUGCAAACAACGAAUAUUAUCACAAUGCAACAAUUUUACACUAUACUGUUUAAAAAAUAACCAAAGAUGUGUUUGUAUUUCUGUAGAAUAUAUAACGAGGGUGAGAAAAUGCUUGAAACAUAAUCAACAAGGACAGAUUGUCAAUAUAUUUCAAUAUAAUCAAUAUCUUCAAAAGACGAAUUGUGCAGUUAUAACUUCGAGUUAGAGUUGUUAACGUCACGUGUCUGAAGUUUAAGACUUAUUUUGAACAAUCUAAUAACAGUCUCGAUACCAAGGUAGCGAAGGAAAUAUUCAAGUUUAAAACAACUGUCUAAAAUUGAAUUACGUUAUUAACAGGAAUUAAUUCUAAUAUGAGGUUUUUGCAAGCUUUAAUUUCUGUGUAAAAUUUAUAAUUCAAGAUGUAGUGGAAUGUUUGUAUUGCUACAUUAACAUACUAACGAUACCAAGCAUAUCAGCCUUCUAAAUACGCCAACGUUCAAUUAACUCAAUGUAUUGCGUUGUGGUUAUAUCUCAGUUAUUUCCAUGAUGAGGUCUACCAAACCUUAUACAACAAUAACAUAAAUAAUGUCUUCGGAUUCUUCGGAUGUUAAUGUCACUAUGGAAAUCUCCACACACCGUUUGUUUUUAUUUAUUUAUUUUAAAAAGACUCAUUUUAGCGUCAAAAAAAGUAAGAAAGGAAAGACAUAUUUGAACAUGAAUAUUUUAAUUAAAUUACAAUUUUACCAUUUACCAUAUUUAUCAACUGGGAAAUCGUUUUCGAUGUUUAAAUCAGGUGCAGACUUGAUAUUAUGAGUUAACUGCAGUAUGGAUAUGUGCAAAUAUGCUAUUGUACAGAU